AUGGAGUCUUUCCUACAGAUAGCUCCCCAUUCCCUGGCUAUAGUGCUGUCCAGGGUCGGGGCUGGUGAAGCGGUGGGGGCUGUCGGAGUAUCUGAGAGCGACGAGCUGCCGAGGCAUCAUACCGGGUAUGAGAUUUUUGCCGAUUUCAAAGCAGAAAAUACACAGCAUCAUGUGUGGAACCAGCGGAUUACCGAGGCAGUGUCUGAGACCUUUUUCCUGGGAUGGAUAGACGAACACGUGCUAUUGAUACAGGGGAAGGAGGACCAUCUGGAAGUACUGAGGGAGGGAUGGAUGCGGAGGUCUCUCAAUCCGCCACGGGGAUUCACCAUCAAAUACCUGGGUGAUGUGUCACCCAUCAGUAUGUCCCCCAUUAGCCAGUCACAGUUCAUCCCUUUGGGAGAGGUACUGCUAUUGGCUAUCUCUGCUAUGAACUCUUCCCACAAGCCUGUCACUCAGGAGGCCCUAACUGAACAUCUGCAGACAUGUUUUCCAGGUGUCCCUACACCAACAGAGGAGGUUCUGCACCAUACAUUAAGCAUGCUGGUCCGUGAAAGGAAGAUCUACCCAACAGCAGACGGAUAUUUUAUUGUGACCCCUCAGACUUACUUCAUCACUCCGAGCCUAAUCCGAACCAGCUCCAAGUGGUACCACUUAGAUGAACGAUCCACUGACCGACACCAGCAACAUCAACAUCAGAACCAACAGCAGCAUCAGCAGACACAGUGCACCUCCCCUCUCUCUGGCACCAUCACCCCAUCUACUUCUGGAGUGGUGCGAGAUCGAACACACCCAAAAUCCAGUCAAAAUCACAGUGGGGGAGGUGGGGAUUCUUUUUACAACAGUUACCGUGGAGAGGACCCCCCUAGCCACCACACCACCCUGCAGCGCCGGUCCCCCAAAGACCACCGGGAGGCAUACUCAUCCCCGCACUCCCCACAAACACCUCCUCAGCAAGCAGGAGGCAACACAGAAAAGAGUCGCAGCACCCUCGGGUUCCCCUUCAAGACGGACACACUCACCAAGCACCGAGGAGGGGGAGGUGGGGGAGGAGGAGGAGGAACUGCAGAGAUAGACAAACAAGCAGGUGGAGGAAGUGGUACAGGAAGUCGGAAAUUUGGUUUGAAGUUGUUCCGUCUCAGCUUUAAAAAGGACAAGGCCAAGCAGCUGGCCACCUUCUCUGCACAGUUCCCCCCUGAGGAGUGGCCGCUCCGUGAUGAGGAGGCACCCAGCCAGCUGCCACGCCAUGUAGAGAUGGAGAUCAUCCGCAGAAUCAACCCUGACCUCACCGUGGAGAACCUCGCCCGGCACACAGCGGUCAUGAAGCGUCUUGAAGAAGAGCGCGUCCAGAGGAGCAAAGCAUCGUCAGCCAAUCAGAGCUCCAGGAGUAGAAGAAGUGGGGGUAGACACAGAAAGCAGUCUCAGACCAAACUCAGCCGCUCACAUAGCAAGACAAGGGCAUCCCGUGGUGAGCUGAGCGAUGGUUCCCACCUGGAGCUGGCCGAGAGAGAUUAUAGAGCCUACUCAUCCUCACUCGCACGGUCACCGCGGGAACACGCCCUAGCCAUGGAGCGGCAGCGUGCCCGGCUUCACCUGGCACAUAGCAACCCCAAUAUCCUUGACUCCUCCCACCUGCCUGUCACGCCAGAGUGGGAUGUGUCCGGAGAGCUCGCCAAGCGACGCACAGAAAUGCCUUUCCCCGAGCCAAGCCAUGGCCCAUCAGCCCACCACUCCAAAGUCCACCGUUCACACUCCCACACCCAGGAGAGGAAGUCCAGAAAUGAACGCAGCGACAAGGCCAAGGAACGUUCGAGAUCCAUGGACAAUUCUAAAGGACCACUUGGAGCCGGGUUGAUCGGACCACCUGAUUAUUAUGACGACCGCAGCCGUUACUAUACUGAUGAUGGCACCCUGCGAGCCAAUCAGAGUUCUUCUCACUAUUCUCGUGCCACUCCACCCACAGUUAAGAUGCCUGUGGAUUCUCUGGGGUUGGAUGGUUGCAGGAGCUUAGAGAAGAGUAAGAGCAGGGACAGCCUGCCAGCAUACUCACCAAAACCACUGCCCUCCUCUGUCCCUCCUGAUGAUUAUUUCCAAUGUGCUGGCGCCUCUGAGGCUGUUCUCACUGCAGCAAACCCACUGGGACCUCUGGGCAAAAGUAGUCAUGAUGGAUUAAAACUAGGAAGCACUGACAAGCAAACAGACAGACAGACACCCCAUCCCCCAGAAAAUAAAGAGGACUUGUCAAAGGUUGGACCUAAGGGUGGCAGCCUGCCUCCAAUACCUCUCUCUAUCCCUGACCUCCCCCUUCCUAAUGGGCGGCCUCCCCACAGUGCCUCCUCUGGUCAGGAGAAACGUAAGGAGAUCUUUAGUAAAGACACACUCUUCAAACCUCCUCCUAGCCUCCCUUUGUCCAGCUACAGCUCUCUGAGAAAACCCCAGACCCUCGCCUCCUCUACUCUGUCCUUGUCCUGCGAUGCACUUGAUUCUCAGGAGGCCUUUGAUGCCCCCAAACCUCUGGUGGCUACACCACCCGCUCCCCCACAGGGGAUUGAACCAACGACCAGUGCUGCAGAAGCCUCCUUUGACUACUACAACGUCUCAGACGAUGAUGAAGUCGAGGAGGGGGGCACUAAGAGUCGAGGAGAGGACGAGAAGGCAGGUGGAGGCAUUGUUGGGAUGGGAGGUGGUGGAGCAGGGACCAUGCAGUGGCUAUUGGAGAGAGAGAAGGAGCGGGACCUACAGAGGAGGUUUGAAAGAACCCUCACCUUCCCUGGUGCUAAAGAGACCCUUCCAGAGCCCAGUCAGAACCAGCAGUCAGCCCACUCUGCUAGACUGGACAGUAUGGACUCCAGCUCCAUCACUGUUGACAGUGGAUUCAACUCACCACGAACAAGGGAGAGCCUAGCAUCGAACACCUCAUCCAUAGUGGAGAGUAACCGUCGGCAGAACCUGGCGCUGAGCCCCGGACAUCUUGGCAUCAGUACCGGCAACGGUCCCCCUUUCUCCUUCCGCGCCAUCCCAGAACCUGCUGGCACCCAACCAGAGAAACUCCAGAAGCCCAGCCCCUGCCUUGCGUCAAUCACCAGCGUCUAAGGGUGGAACUAAGGGCUAGGUGCGCCGAUAGCCACAGGACAGGGGCCAGAAACGUCCCACCCCCAAGGACUGUUACAGACUGAAUCAGUGGAGCUGCCACAGGCUCACUGUGGAACUAUAGCUGUUAACACAUAUACACACUGACAGAUACAAACAGAGGAAUUUAGACAACCAGGAAUCUGCUCUCUCACACACACAUACAAACAUAUACACACAAGGCCACUGGGCAGACUCUGACCAUGCCAUUCUACAACCUCUAGUUUACACACUGCUGUUGUGUUGUUUCACUUGCGUGGUUUCAAGUUUUGUGUGUGUGUGUGUGUGCGUGUGCGUGUGCGUGUGCGCGUGUGUGUGUGUGUCAGGGUGGGGUGGGGUGGUGUUUGUAUAAUCUGUAAUCUCAGGUCAUGUUCUUUCCACUCCCAUUCCAGCUGCUCCAGAUCAGUGCACCUCCCUCUAGUGGUGUCUCCUGGUAUUACACACUGAAGAGCUUCAGCUCUGCUGACUACUGUUACUGAUAGUACACAAACUCACUGGUCCAGCUCUUUCUCACUUCUUGUCUUUGUUAGCUCUUCUCUAAAAUUCACCACUGGCAGAUGCCCCUGUUAGAUGUUGUGCCACAGGAAAUGAUGGUGACAAUUAAGUCUGUUGACCAUCACUCCAAAAUGCAGCAAUAUGUGGUGGUUGUUCAUAUGAAUAACCUGUAACCAGGACUGCUUUUACUAUAGCACCCUCUAUAAAAUGAUGCUGAGCAAUUCUUGUAUCUUGUAUCCCCCCCCCCCCCCCCCCCCCCAACUGCUUUAUGAUACUAUAUGAACAGCCUAAGGUAUAGCUCCAGGGAUGUGAUUACAGACUGUUUAAACUUGCAUGGAGACAGAUUUUUCUCUCUUUUUAUGUUACCCCUCAUGGCCCAUGGGAUGCAGCUGCGUCAUGUUUAAGCUCAGUCGUGGCUAUGUCCACUGCAGACACGCUCUUGUCUUCGCUUCACUUUCAUAACAGGCCAGGUUUGUUUUUCCCAAAAAGAUAAGACUCUACUGAUCCCUGAGGGGAAAUUAACAUGUUACAACAGCACAGUCAGGCUGAGUUCUAAUGAAAUGUAUAGCAAACUACUUGAAAUGAAUAAAAAGAAUAUAAAAUAAUGAAGAAAUCAGAGAUGUGACACUAAAAAAGCUAUAUACAGCAUAUACUUUACUAUAGAAGUGAAUUUAUAAACAGUGUAUAAAUGCCUAUAUUUAUUGAUGGUAGACAUAAAAUUGAUAUUUUGUUAAUGACUUGGCCUUUAUGUACAUAUAACUAAACUAUUUUUUCUUGUUUCUUUAUUGAGCCACUUAGUAGUGAUGUUCAGAUAUAAGCUGUUGAGGUCCUACAGAUGACAUCACAGCUUGCAAAAGCUGCCAUACUGAAACGGAGUCAACAUGUUGUUCUCUGUACUCCUUGCAAAUUUAUGAAGCCUACCAUGACCUACCAAAGGAGGGACCAUUGUUGUGGUUAAACUUGGAGCCUGCAAAAUAAACAAGGCUUUGCAAUGAUCAUGAUGUAAAUGAUGACCUUCAUACCUCUGAAAGGUAAUUGAAAAGCAGCAUUUAGGUUUAUUAUAGAAGGUGUAGUUCAGUGAGUCAGGAGUCAUAGGCUGAACAGCAUUUAAUCACAUUUUGUGCCCUGUUGAUAUGAGAGCCUGCAGUACAAUGUGUGUCUGUUGUAACGUUAGCCACGUUUGCUAAUGAAAAAACAGACACAGCUUGUUAUGGGGGGUUAGUAAGUGUAAGUAUUCAUGAUUUAUUCAUUUAUUAAUUCAUUUUUGCAUUAUUAUCUUUGCACACUGUCGCCAAAGGCGAGCUGCGAUAACAUGUCCAUCCUUGAGCACCUGAGCAGGAACAGUUUAGCAUCAUAUUCAUGUAAUUCCCUUUUCUUACCACUGUAUUUCUCAAGCUCUUUACAGCUCAGGUGAGAUCUCAGGUGGUCAGAGGUGGAAACUAGCACCAUUUAGUCAUUGAUGGAGAAACUAUGAAUUGGCCGUUGCUGUUUAUGGAGCCCCUACCUUGCUUCCUCCCCUGGGUGUGGCAAUCGGUGUAGACGGCAAUGUCACAGUAAGACCUCAAUAAAUACAGAAAGUGAGAAAAAUCAUUGGUUUUGUUUUCAUAUGGACAGAUGUCACCAUUUAUUGCUUGUAUACAUUUUCAGUUUAAGUGAGAGGGGUAUGGGGAGGGAGUGGAGUGAGAGAAGCAGAAAAUGUUGACUUAAAAACUCUGAACAAAGAAAAACGAAGUACCUUCAUUCCAUUAAACACUUGAAGCAGAAAAACAAGAACAACUGAUCCAAACAGAAGGAAAUGUGUGAAUACUGAACUUCUUGAAUAACACAGCUGCAUCCACUGGUGAGGGGUUACAGGUACAUCCAUGUCAAGUUUCACAGCUAAGCUAGUAAAAGGGAGUAGCUGACUCUUAGGGUGGAGAGAUUUUAACUAGCAAAAAUCACAGACUUGAAAUUGAAUUAAAUGUAUUAAAUGUAUAAGUCCUGGUGUCAGACAAAGUAUUUUCUGCUGCACAUUAAAUGCCAGCCCAGGGUGUACAAGUGAAUAUUCAUUGGAAGCAGCUGUGCUGGAGCUUGAAGUGGCUGAGUGUCCAACAGAGAAUAUGAGAUGCGAUCCAGAAAAGACUCAUCCAGACCAGUGUUAUACACAUCAGGGAUGUGACUUUAUUUUUGGAUUACGGUGGUUAUUCAUUUACAUUUCUAUCACGUUCAUGAGUUUUUCUUAAAACUGUUUGAAUCAAAUCCCUGAGCCACUCCCACUCCUGGUGCUAAGAUGUGUUAUGGUCAGUGAUGGCCAUGAUAAUUGUCAUAAUAAGAGAGCUGAUAUAGUUGGAAUAUACUAUUAGAUGGCUGCUUACACUUUUUUAGGCUUUUUAGGUUAGGUUUCACGGGCAUACUUUUGGCCAUGUCGAUUUAGUCCCUUCUAUGAAGCAUUUGGGUGAAAAGGACGUAAAUCACACAGUGACUGAACAGACAAACGCAUGACCACUGACCAUGGCACAGAGAGAUGUGAAAUAAGACGUAUGUACGAAAUGUGUUCGUCUCACUAUAAAACCAGACCUGAGUAGAGCUCGAUUUGUGAAAACUCCUGCAGUACUAUAGGUCAAUCAUUUCCCAUCCUCCUAUAGGCUCAGGGAGCUGUCAGUCAUCCCAGUGUUGUUGUCCUAUAGGCUCCUCUACAACUACCUCCACAGCAGCAAAAACACAGCCCGUUCUUUCUGCUAUCACACUGUCAUCAGCCUCUAGCCUGUGAAUGUCUAUACACACACACAUGCAUACACACACAUAUAAUUAUACAUCAAAGUGCUGGACUCUCUGUUGUUUCCCUGUCUUCACUAACAAGGUUUCUUCUAAUGGUACAUGAAAGCAUUUUGGUUCAUUGCUGACAAGCUGACAAGCACUUCAUUUGAAGCUUACUGACCCUUUAAGCGUCUCUCAUUAAAAGAUACAAGUGUAGCUACUUUUAGUUAAAGAAUUGUGUAUCAGGACACUUGUUGCGCUAACCUUCAGUAAACUUGUAUGGUAGGACCUCAUGUUUUUUUAAAAAUAUGAUUUAUUGCUAUAGAUUUCUGUCAGUAUGGGGUGCUCAGAUUCCAUCUGCCCUACACUCCCGGUCACAGCCAACUAUACUGUUAGUCUGGGCCACUGUACAGGCACUGCAACUGACCAGUAGGAGUGACUAGCAUAGCAACUAGGACGGAAACUCUCACUGGCUUCCCACCUGUGAGAACACACAAUCAAACCAGGAGUAGGAUUUUAUUCUUUGACCUUUCAUUUCUCAUUCUACCACUGCAUCUGGUCCUCUGGUACUCUACUAUUCUAGACCAGGGUCCAACCAUAUGCGUUACUGCCACAGUAAAAGGUUCAGUAUGCUUCAAACUAUGAACACUAGGGCUUUAACCUCUUUUCCCUCUAUACCAGGGUACUGGUUUAUAUUCCGUCCCCAAUGGAUCGAUUUUUCUGUUCUAGGAAUAUGGUCACGGUUCUGUCAAUAUUUUAGGAUUCUAAACUCUUUUCUACCACUGGAAGAAAUUUACAGUUUGUUCCAGGUUUUAAUCCCCAGUGGUGCUAGAUGCUAAAAUCCAAGGGGGACUCCCCUGUGGGUGCUACCAGUAAUUCAGAUUCUAGUCUCAGUGCUCUGAAUAUUGUAGGAUUGUAGCCAGUAGUCUACAAUGUCAGCAGGGUUCUAAUCCUAAUUAUGCCUUUAGAAAGGUUUGUUGUGCUGGUUGUACCAACGUAAUUGGGCCUUAUCCCCUAUUAUGUGACUGCAGAAAGACACACAUCAGAUAAAUUCAGAUUCUGUUAGUGAAGUCACUUUUCCUUUCCCAUUUAGGCGGUUCCCUGUCCCUACAAGUACAGUAGUUUCAGUUUCUAUUGUGCCACUAAUCUUGGGUUUACCACUACAGUUGAGUUCCUGUCCCUACAAUGGAGUUUAAUCUCUAUCGUAUCACAGUUCAGGGGUUUAAGCUCCUCUUCCACAGCCACAGUGGGGUUCUUGUCUCUGUGCCACCAGUGAAAUAGGGCAGUAGUUCCCUGUCCGAUGGAGGUCAUGGGUUCCAUUCCUCAUGUCUGAUGUUUGCACUGCCGCCCCCAAUCCCUCCUGCUACUGUCUGGCCCAGUGGCUUUUCAUCAGCCCCUACUCCCCUCCAGCCACAGUCCUGUAACCUUCCAUCCCUUUUCUACACUGACAGUCCAUGAAAUGUCUUCCCUUAACAUCGGUGGUGAUUUAUUAAAAUGGAGGUUCAACAAUAACAUUGUUUCUAAUGCUGACAGUAUGUCAUACCUGUAAAUGAUGUUUAUCUGUCAUGCCUAGUCAAAUAAUGUAAACAAUAAAAAGAGGGAUUUUUUAAUUGUCUAUUAUAUCUGAAAGUCCCUUUGAUGUGUAGUACUGGUGUUACCGUUGUUGUAGUGUAUGUGCUACCCUAUGGGGAUUGUGUUACUUUUUAAGAUAA